GCCGCAGCAGAGUCCUAGCAUUUCCUCUCGACCUAUCUCCUUUCUCCACCUCCUCCGCCAUUUUUUCUUCCGCUACACUACAGGCGCAUAAAAGGUCGAGGCAACCCGCUGCCGGCGUGAAAGUUUGUAGAGACGAAAUUGUGAAGGGUAAUCCGACGAACAAUGUUCCUGAUUCCAUUUCCUCAAAGCUUGGAUUCCAUAGGAGGAAUAAUGCAAUGUUCAGCUAUUAAUGCAAUGUUCAGCUAUUUUGACACCAACUACGCCAAAAAAUUUGCAAAGUUCGAUAAUUUAUGUCCUAUAGUCUCUGUGAAAGCGUACCAGGUGGAAAUAGUCGGAAUGCCUGUCGGAAAGUUGUCUACAUGUAAGCUCUUCCGUCGAUUCCUAACUCAUCGCUUAUUCUCUGUGGCUAGCUCCUUGAAUGAACCAAUUGCUGACUCAAUAUUCAGUGACACACACAAGUCGGGGUCCUACACGCGGGGCGACUCCACCUUUUACUCCCUUAUUCAGCACCAUGCCCACUCUUGUGAUUUCAAGGCCUUGGAGCUUAUCUUUCAACGGAUGAAGCGCGAAAACAGAGCCUUUUCUGAGAAGAUUUUCAUCCUAGUCUUCAAGGCUUAUGGCAAAGCACGUCUCCAUCGUAAAGCUGUUGAAUUGUUCAAUAGCAUGGAGGAUAAAUACAGCUGCUUGCCAACUGUUAAGUCCUUUAACUCUCUUCUUAAUGUCAUUAUUCAGCAGGGAUUGUAUCGUGAUGCUCUGGACUUCUAUCACUAUGUUCUUAACGAUAAAAAGCAUAUUUCUCCCAAUGGUUUAACGUUUAAUUUAGUCAUCAAGUCGCUGUGUCGAUUGGGAUUAGUUGGUAGGGCUGUAGAUAUGUUUAGGGAGAUGCCUGCUUUCCGUUGUAAGCCUGAUACAUAUACUUACUGCACUCUCAUGGAUGGUUUGUGUAAAGAGGAUAGGAUUGAUGAUGCUGUGGCUUUGUUGGAUGAGAUGCAAAUAGAAGGGUGUGACCCCACUCCACCUACAUUCAAUGUGUUAAUCAAUGGGCUUUGCAAGAAGGGGGAUUUGGCCCGGGCGGCUAAGCUAGUUGAUAAUAUGUUCCUCAAAGGCUGUGUUCCGAAUGAAGUUACUUACAACACGCUCAUACAUGGGUUGUGUCUCAGAGGAAAGCUAGAGAAGGCAGUCAGUCUUUUGAGCAGAAUGUUGUCAAAUAAGCUCAAGCCAAAUGACAUCACUUAUGGAACCAUAAUAAAUGGACUAGUAAAGAAGGGACCAGCUACUGAUGCUUUGAACAUGUUACUGGGAAUGGAGGAAAGAGGCUAUGCGCCAAAUGAGUAUGCUUAUUCUGCUAUUAUUAGUGGGUUGUUCAGAGAGGGGAAAUCGGAUGAGGCACUAAAACUAUGGGCCAAGAUGUUAGAGAAGGGAUGCAAACCAAAUACAGUUGUGUAUAGUGUUGUCAUUGAUGGUCUGUGCCAAGACGGAAAGCCCCAUGAAGCCGAAGAGUAUUUUUCCCAAAUGAUUGAUGCGGGUUGCUUGCCAAAUGCACACACAUACAGCUCCCUGAUGAAGGGCUUCUUUCAGGUCGGAGACUGUGAUAAGGCAGUUCUUCUAUGGAAAGAUAUGGUUGAGAAGGAUUACAAGGAUAAUGAGGUUUGUUACAGUGUGCUUAUUCAUGGUUUCUGCAAGAAUGGGAAGUUGGAAAGUGCUCUGGUGAUAUGGAAGCAGGUGCUGGCUAAAGGACUUACACCAGAUGUUGUGGCUUAUAGCUCCAUGAUUCAUGGUCUAUGCAAUGCUGGCUUAGUAGAACAGGGUUUGAGCUUAUUUAAUGAGAUGCUAUACAAAGCAUCUGACUCCAAACCUGAUGUAAUCACCUACAAUAUAAUCAUCAAUGCCUUGUGCAAACAGGGCAGUAUUUCCCAUGCCAUGGAUAUACUUAAUCGCAUGUUAAGUGAAGUCUGUGAUCCUGAUUCAGUUACCUGCAAAUUUUUCCUGACAGCUUUUAGGGAAAAGCUUGAUCCGCCUCUAGAUGGCGGAGAUUUCCUAGAUGAGCUAGUUCUAAGGCUACAAAAAUGUGACAGAAUAAUUGGAGCUUCUAAUAUUAUACAAGUGAUGCUUCAAAAUUUUCUUCAGCCAAAGGCCUCCACUUGGGACAAGGUAAUUCGAGGGAUCUGUAAACCAAAGAGAACUGAAGCAGCCAUUAACAAAUGUAGGGGUGACUUAUUCUUCUGAUUCUGCCAGACCAACUUUUGGCAGGUCAUUUAUGAACCAUGAUCCUCAAGGUUAUUUAUAAUUUAUUAAGGUCAGUGAAGUGACCACUUCAUAGACUGGUUGGGAAGACCUAUCUGCGUCUAAAGAUUGUGGAAGCUCAAAAUGGAAGGGCUCAUGAAGGCCACCACACUCAAACGUAGCG